ACAAGAGCAGGCAGAGAGAGAAAGAGAGAGACGCGAUGACGCGCGCAAGCCAGAGCCGACGACCGCUGGCUGGCUGAGAGCGCGGCUGCGUUUGUGUGUGCCUAUGACGACGGCUACGAACUGCCUACAGACUAGUGCAGCGCGCGCCGCCGUAGUUCACGGAUUCGCAAUAUAAUUUUAGUUUGCACGUGCAACCCGGCAAUAAACACGCGGCUACAUGUACAAUAGUUUUCUACCUCCGAUCAUUUGGCAUUCACGUGUUUCUGCAAUUUUUACACGGCAUUCACGCUGACUCUUCGCUGAUAGUUGUGCACUUUCCUAGACUCGAUUCAACUACUGUUUUCGUACUCUCGUCGAUCUAUAUUAUUUUUUUUACGAUGUUGUUGUUAUUAUUAUCGGUCCAACGUUCACCGAUCGAGUGACAAAAAGUUCUACGCAACGAAAAUUGUUUUUCUUAAGACGAGAAAGCUGAGAGACUCCUUAGGCAGCUCCCGUUGCCAUCCAACAAAAUACUACUUACUCGACGCUAUGACUGCCGUCUUGGCACUUCUUGAAUCUGGAUGUGUGUUUCAGUGCAUUUUUCGCAACUUGCUACAAUACCGUUAUAAGCUACAGUAGCGCUGUUACGCAGUCUUCAGACUCGCGAUUGUAUCAAUUAUUGCGAAUUUUGCUGUUAUCGUGACUGCUGCUGCUACUACUGCCGCUGCUCUGUUUUUUUGUCAUUUUUUUUUAUUUUUUUUAUUGUUAUUGUUGUAAUAGAUAUUGGUGUAAAAGUACAAAUCACGUUACGAGCAAGCAAGAAAGAAAGAGAGAGAGAAAAUAAGAAAAGGAAAGAGAUAGGAAGGAGAGGGAGAGAAAAGGAGAGAGGAAGAAAAAGAGAUAAAGAAAUAUAGAUAUUAGGCAGAAUUUUCAACGCAGUGCAAAGAAAUAUAUCACAUAGCAGUGCUUCCGAUGCGUCAGUGAGUGUAAACACGUUAAGAGGCUGGAUAGAGUGCAAAGUUGAAUGUGCGUCGUUUGUGAGUGUGAGAAAAGCUGAAUAUGUGACCGAGUUCGUCGAUUAGGACGACUGUUGUGUUCCAAGUGUAGUGUUUACAUCUAUCACGAGUGUCUACACUCUACAUUUAUUCCGCGUGCUUUUUUAAAGCUAACGGCCGCACAACCUCACACAAGCAAUGAUUGAGUAUCAUCGCCGAGCCUGACCGUCGUUUUAUGGCUGAAAUUUGUUUUUGACAAAACAAUUCAUUUUGAUUACUUCUGGAUUCCAGCUCUCAUCAAGUCCUGGCGCUUAGCAUGUAGGACUAGUGCCUAGUAUAAUAGAUAAGGAGGGCAUCAACUGUUAACAAUAAAUAGAUUGAAAAUAUGACAAUAAUCUGACCCCCCCCCCCCUUCAUAUGCUUUUGUGGAAACGGUUUUCAAGUUUGGCCACUUUCAUCAACCUCGACCUUUGAGGUAGAGGUAAGAGGCGUACUCGGGAUCAUCGCUUUUAUUGUCAAAAAGUCUAAUAACAAGAAGCAUCUUGGCUGCCGACGAUAGUCUCAUGCUGCAGCAGAGCAGCAGUAGUCAAGCAGAACUACCCAGCGGUGCUAACAACAUGACUGGAAACGCAUCUGCUUAUUCACAGCAGUAUUGCUUGAGAUGGAAAUACCAUCAUAGCAAUUUACAAACUAUGUUUUCAUUACUACUUGAGCGUCAAGCUUACUGCGAUGUGACUCUCGCAUGUGAGGGUAAAUCUCUCAAAGCUCAUAAAGUCGUUCUAUCUGCUUGCAGUACAUAUUUCGAUACACUUUUAUCUCAGUAUGAAGAGAAGGAUACGACGAUAGUCAUGAUUCAAGACGUAAAAUUUUCGGACAUUAAAGCACUUGUUGAAUUCAUGUAUAAAGGCGAAAUUAAUAUCGAUCACUCAAGACUGUCAUCGUUGCUGAAAACUGCAGAAGAUUUACACAUAAAAGGAUUAGCAGAAGUGAGCUGGCGAAAUGAUGCUGGCAUAAAUGAGUUAACUAAUAGUGGGCAUCACAGUCCGGGUUCUGGUGGAACACCCGGAGUCGAAACAGUUUUACGCGAGGGCACAGAAGAGCCUGAACAUCCUACACCACCAAAACAAAGACGGCGUGGUAGACCUCCACUUGAUGAUACGCCUUCAGUGCACGAUGUUUUCACACCUAAAUUGCCCAGUUUAAGCGGACAAGUAGAUGAAACUAGUGAAGGCGAUCAAAGUUGGGACGAUGAUGUGGUUCCUGAACACGAAAACACAAUGCCGAUUAUUACUUGUAUAGCUGAUCAAGAAAAGAAAAGUCGUGAAAAUUCAAACUUUAUGGUACCAGAACAAUUUCGAGAUGUUAUAAAAAUGAAUGAAUAUCUCACAACAGGUCGUAGGCAAGAAUUCUGGGAGGAACCUUUCACACGACGCGUCAUGGAUGCAAUUAAAUCGAAAGAAUUGGAGAUGAAAACGGCAGCAGAGAUUCUAGGGGUUUCUUAUGGCACCCUUUAUGGCAGAUAUAGAGAUAGUUAUGGAUGCCUCAAACAUCCGUAUAGAGUACGAGAUUUUUGGUCCGAACCGGGACCAGCAGAUAUAUUGGCAAAGCUCAAACGAAAAGAAAUCACGCUUUUUCGAGCUGCCGAAUUUCUCAAUGUAACUGUUCACACACUUGCGACGUACCUCUCAACACUACAGGGCCCCGAUCGAAUUACAUUGGCCGGAGAUUUAACGGUGGCCGCCACUGGUACAGUCACACCUGUCGAUAUGCUAACAUCCAGUAACGAAUUUGACACUAGUGAUUGUAGUGUCAAUGACAUUUUACAAAAGAUGCAAAAUACAAACACGAGUUCUGCGGCUGCACCAACUACAUCUACCGCCAUAAAGCGCGAGGGAGGUGGCUAUGUGGAAGUACCUGCCGUUGGUCUGGUACCCAAAGCUGCAAGUUCCGUCCUUGAAAAUAAUCCAGACAUUACGAUCGUCAAAGCCGAAACGAUACAGCGGAAACGUCCCGAUUACACAAAAAUAACGGCAACGGAAAACAACAAUGCCAAGCUCAUGAGCGGCGGAGCUGUCAGUAAACUCACGCAAUCACAAAUAAUUCAUCCCGCUGUUGUUCAACACAGUCAACAGCAAACGAUAGCUCCACAACAAAUGAUAACCGCACAGACAACAGUGCAGCAGCAACUUCAGCAGAUGCAAGUCCAGCAUCACAAGCAAAUGAGUGACACACUUUCUAUCAAUAACGACAUCUGCAAGCCCUAACUGUUCAGGCCUUACUUGUCACCAAGUUUUCACGUCAGCCCAAUCCUGAAAAGUACUCGUCGCAAUUCGUAUUAUAAUCGCCAUAAUUACAGCAAUGGCCAUCUUCAUAAUGCACUGUCUAAUCAUAAUACAAGUAAUGACUCAACGCAGCUUAUACCUCGUACACUUUACAAUAAUGUCUUCUCUACAACUUUUACUAACUGUCAUCUCAAAUAAUAUAAUUUAUUGAUGCAAAAAUGUUACGUUUUACGCGAUACAUGCAUUUUUCGAAAAUUUUACUUGCGUAUUUUUUGCAAAUGAGCAAUUUUAUUGUAACAUGAAUUAUGUCUGGAAUAUGAAAAUUGCAAAAGGAAAUUGUGCAUUUAAUUAAUGACCAAUGUGCAAUGAGAGAGAAAACGAUAACGUUUACUUUUUUCUGAGUCACUAAACCAAAGAUUGUUAACGUAUUUCCAAUCGUUGCUUUAUAAGACUGCAGUGAAUCAUUUUAAUAUCAGAAGAUAACAAAUAAUUUUUCAUUGUUGUCAAUUUUUGACUGAACAAUACUUUGUAACAAACAUUCUGAAUAAUUUACCUCGUGCAUAAUUAUAAGUGCACAGAUAGAAAUGAAAAAUGAUAUAAUUUUAAAUUGAAGUCAAGAUGCCAAUUUUAAAAUAAUAUUUGAUUUCAUAGAUUUUAUUUAAAGAAAGAUAUUUGCUGAAUGCUUUAAGCAAAUACCUAUACACUGUUUAGAAUUUUUAUACAUUUGAAUAUUUAAAUAUUUUUAUUUCUAUUUUUAUAUCUACUGUAAAGGUCACUCUCCUCAUUCUUUUUUGCAAUAGGUAUUUCAUAAACACGUAGAAUGGAUUAACUGUAACUUAUGAAAAUAAUUAUUACUUUUAAUUUAUUACACUGACCAAUGGCUCCAUAAAAAUUUGUGUAAAAGUAA